CUUCCUGGGUCGAGAGGAGUAUCUCGUGUACCGAGCCCGAGUCCCGAGCCCCGGCUACUGCCGCGCUUCUGCUAGAGUAGAGCGGGAAAUUUGGCCUCCAGGCUUAGCUAUAAAUUGACCGAUCCAGAAAUGGUUCUCCUCCACGUGAAGCAUGGUGAUGAGAGCCAGUUUCUCCUAGAGACAACAGGUAGCGUUUCCAUCGAAGAUUUAACACAGGAAGUGACCAGGAUCUACAAUGGAAGACUCAAAGUUCAGCGUGUUUGUGCAGAAAUGGAAUCGCUGGCAGAACACGGUAUUUUCUUACCUCCUAACAUGCAAGGUCUGACAGAUGAACAAAUUGAAGAGCUAAAGCUGAAGGAUGAAUGGGCAAAAAAAUGUAUUCCCAGUGGUGGAAGCACAUUUAAAAAAGAUGAAAUUGGACGAAGAAAUGGUCAUGCUCCAAAUGAGAAAAUGAAACAAGUUUUAAAAGCAACCAUAGAAGAAGCUAAAGCACUGAUAUCCAAGAAACAAGUGCAGACCAAUGUAUGUGUUACUACCAGUAUGGUGAAAGAUGCACUCGACCAGCUCCGAGGAGCUGUAAUUAUUGUUUAUCCAAUGGGGCUGCCUCCAUAUGACCCAAUUAGAAUGGAGUUUGAGGAUAAAGAAGAUCUGUCAGGAACUCAUGCUGCUCUUGAGAUUAUUGAAGAACCAGAGGCACAACUGUGGUGGGCAGCAAAGGAACUGAAAAGAACAAAGCAGCUUUCUGACUACGUUGGCAAAAAUGAGAAAACUAAAAUUAUUAUCAAAAUACAAAAAAAAGGGCAAGGUGCUCCAGCACGUGAACCUGUCAUAAGUAGUGAAGAACAUAAACAGAUGAUUCUUUUUUAUCACAGAAGGCAAGAAGAACUCAAGAAAUUAGAAGAAAAUGAUGAUGAUGAUUCAUUUUUAGAUUCCGAAUGGGCUGAUAGUCAUGCCUUGAAAAGACAUUUUCAUGGUGUCAAGGAUAUUAAGUGGAGACCAAGAUAAAGCUAUUUCUACAAGAAAAAAAAUUGUUUUAAGAUAAACUAACACAGCAAGUUAUGUUGGUAAUAUCAGUGCACAUUUACUCAUUAAAAUUUAUAUAAAA